UUUAGCAUCAAGCAGAGACAUACACUCACUCUUUCUCUCAGAUACACACAGCUCCCCACAUUCGCACCCUUUGCAAGGAGCCGCCUAACUACACGGCUUCUCAGCCAGCCAGAUGCUAGAGGAGAACACAUUAAUUUGCUGUUAUCCAAGCUCCUAAUCAGUCUCUUUCUCUGCACAUUUUUUUUUCAACAAACAAACAACAACAACAAAAAACUACAUAUAUAUAUAUAAUUUUUUUUUAUUUGGACCUUCCCUCCUGGUACCCUACUCCGCCAGCCUGCGCGUCUCCUAGCUCCACUUUUCACUCCCAAAGAAAGAUGAAAGGUGGCCGUGUCUCCCACUGUAAGGCAAGCGCCUGCCUUAUUUUCUGUGUCAUGGUUUUUGCAUCUGCCGAGAGACCGGUCUUCACGAAUCAUUUUCUUGUGGAGUUGCAUAAAGGAGGAGACGAAGAAGCUCGCCAAGUUGCAGCAGAACAUGGAUUUGGAGUCCGAAAGCUCCCUUUCACUGAAGGCAUGUACCACUUCUAUCACAACAGCCUUGCAAAGGCCAAGAGAAGACGUAGCCUACACCAUAAGCAGCAGCUGGAGAAAGACCCCAGGAUAAAGAUGGCCUUGCAACAGGAAGGAUUCGACCGAAAAAAACGAGGGUAUAGAGACAUCAAUGAGAUUGACAUCAACAUGAACGAUCCUCUUUUUACAAAGCAAUGGUAUCUGAUCAACACCGGACAAGCUGAUGGCACCCCCGGCCUGGAUCUGAAUGUGGCAGAAGCCUGGGAGCUGGGAUACACUGGAAAAGGUGUCACCAUUGGCAUCAUGGAUGAUGGGAUUGACUAUCUCCAUCCGGACCUGGCCUCCAACUAUAAUGCCGAAGCGAGUUAUGACUUCAGCAGCAACGACCCCUACCCUUAUCCCCGCUACACGGACGACUGGUUUAACAGCCACGGGACCCGCUGUGCAGGAGAAGUUUCUGCUGCAGCCAACAACAACAUCUGUGGGGUGGGAGUGGCUUACAACUCCAAGGUCGCAGGCAUCCGGAUGCUGGACCAGCCCUUUAUGACAGACAUCAUCGAGGCCUCCUCCAUCAGCCACAUGCCACAGCUGAUCGACAUCUACAGUGCCAGCUGGGGCCCCACAGACAAUGGGAAGACAGUGGAUGGGCCCAGGGAGCUCACACUCCAGGCCAUGGCUGACGGCGUGAACAAGGGCCGAGGGGGCAAAGGCAGCAUCUACGUGUGGGCCUCGGGAGACGGCGGCAGCUACGAUGAUUGUAACUGCGACGGCUACGCCUCCAGUAUGUGGACCAUCUCCAUCAACUCCGCCAUCAACGACGGCAGGACGGCCCUGUACGACGAGAGCUGCUCCUCCACCUUGGCCUCCACCUUCAGCAACGGGAGGAAAAGGAACCCCGAGGCUGGCGUGGCAACCACAGAUUUGUAUGGCAACUGUACUCUGAGGCAUUCUGGGACCUCUGCAGCUGCUCCCGAGGCAGCUGGCGUGUUUGCACUGGCUUUAGAGGCUAACCUGGGUCUGACCUGGCGAGACAUGCAACAUCUGACUGUGCUCACCUCCAAACGGAACCAGCUUCAUGAUGAGGUCCAUCAGUGGCGGCGGAACGGAGUUGGCCUGGAGUUUAAUCACCUCUUUGGCUAUGGAGUCCUUGAUGCAGGCGCAAUGGUGAAAAUGGCUAAAGACUGGAAAACUGUGCCUGAGAGAUUCCACUGUGUGGGAGGCUCUGUACAGGACCCUGAGAAAAUACCAUCUACUGGCAAGCUGGUGCUGACCCUCACAACCAAUGCCUGUGAGGGACAGGAAAACUUUGUCCGCUACCUGGAGCACGUCCAAGCCGUCAUUACAGUCAACGCAAGCAGAAGAGGGGAUCUGAACAUCAACAUGACUUCCCCGAUGGGCACCAAGUCCAUUUUGCUGAGCCGGCGUCCAAGGGAUGACGACUCCAAGGUGGGCUUCGACAAGUGGCCUUUCAUGACCACCCACACUUGGGGGGAAGAUGCCCGAGGAACCUGGACCCUGGAGCUGGGGUUUGUCGGCACUGCACCCCAGAAGGGGGUGCUAAAAGAGUGGACACUGAUGCUGCAUGGCACUCAGAGCGCCCCCUACAUUGACCAAGUCGUCAGGGAUUACCAGUCCAAGCUGGCCAUGUCCAAGAAGGAGGAGCUUGAGGAAGAACUGGACGAAGCUGUGGAGAGAAGCCUGAAGAGCAUCCUGCGCAAGAACUAGCUGGCUCGUGGGCCUCCCGCCUCCCUCCCUCCCCCAUCUCUGCCUCUCUUUCCUCGCUCCACAUUUCUGUCAGGCACCUAGCAAUUACUGUCAUCCCCACACAAGCGAUUCCAACUUUCUUGAUCUGAAGCUUCGCUCACUGUCAAUGAUUAUUUUCAUUACAAUGGAAGCAAUCUUUUUUAUUCUAUGCCCCAAAUACAGUGUUCCCACCAACACCGAUGUCCUAUUUGUCACUCUAAGUUCUUUGUUUGUGUCAUUCAAAUAGGUGAUAUCCUGCAAAUAAA